UUUUGUGACUCAAACACUACACCUUCAAGACCGGCCUAUAUAUCAGUACUCGGUCUAUGGACCAAGAAAAGAAGAACCCAAUCUAGUAGAUGGUAUGGACUACUUAUCAGAAGAAUUGCGACUUCAAUAUUAUAAUUAUGGAAACUUUCUUUGGAGACAACAAAAUGGUGUUAAGGAUAUAGAAAAUUGUAUACAAACGCAAAUAGAUUCUUGUCUUAAAAACUUGUGUAAUUCACUUAACAGAUUCGAGUCACAAAAACAGCAAAAACAACAAUCCUCAUUUGAAAUAUUUGGUAGUGGUGGUGGUGUAUUUGGACAACCGCAACCACAGAAAUUCGGAACACCUCAAAACAUAUUUGAAGCUUCUAAUACCAAUCAACCAUCCACAUUUGGAACACCUACUUUUGGACAAAAUUCAAUUAGAUUUCCAGAAACUCAACAAGAGUUUGGGACAUCUAUAGGUGGGAUUAGUUUUGAUCAAAAUAUAGCUAGUUUUGGUGUAUCAACACAACAAACAAUUGAAGGAUUCAGACAAACCGCAUAG